CAUGCAUUCAUUUACAUCACCAAGACUAAAAUAUCCCAGUAUUUUAAUCAUACCGCCAUCAAACCCCUCUGAGAAGCCCCUAGUUUCAGAAAUGAACAACACCAACGGCCAAGAAUCUCACCCUCAUUAUCCUUCGGUUUCUUCUCCCAAUCCAAAUUACGAAACAAACCCAUUUGCAUCAAGUUCAAGCAGCGCCCAAAACAGGCAAUCUGAUCAUCACCAUCAGCCUGCAGGUCCAUCGUCAGCUUCUGCGCCGGAAUCUACAGCCCCAGAUGCUGAGAAAUGGGGGACUCAUGUGAUGGGAGCACCUGCUGUUCCCACUUGCCAUCCGGACAACAAAAAAGCAGCCUUGUGGGGUGGUUCAGCUGAUCAUGAUAAUCAAGCUCAACAACCUUAUCAUCAUCCUUACCUUCUGUACACUCCCGUUGAGAAACCAAGCAGUCCCAUGGAAUCCAUUCUUAAUGUCUUCAAUUCUUGGAGUAAUAAGGCUGAAACUAUGGCCAAUAAUAUUUGGCACAAUCUUCGAACGAACUCGUCUGUGCCUGAAGCUGCGUGGGGGAAGAUGAGCCUAAACGCGAAAGCAUUAACAGGAGGUGGAUUCGAGACAGUAUACAAGCAAACUUUUGGUACAUAUCCAAACGAGAAUCUGAAGAAGACGUUUGCCUGUUACCUUUCAACAUCAACAGGGCCUGUAGCUGGAACUCUAUAUCUCUCAAAUGUUCAUCUAGCUUUCUGCAGUGAUCGCCCCUUGUCUUUUACAGCACCCUCCGGCCAGAAGACUUGGAGCUACUACAAGGUUAUGGUACCUUUGGCCAUGAUUGGCACCGUCAAACCAGUGGUGAUGAGGGAAAAUCCAUCAGAAAAAUACAUCCAGAUUGUAACUGUUGAUGGGCAUGAGUUUUGGUUCAUGGGAUUUGUCAACUAUGAUAAAGCCUGUCGACAUCUUUCAGAAAGUAUCUCAAUUUUUGUAGCACCUGGUGUACCAGCACAACCAACUGCCUAGAUCUUUCAUUCAGAUCCUCAGUUUCUGCUAUUAAUUAAUGGUUUCUUGUAUUCCAAUUUUUCGAUUUUUGACUUUUGAGUAUGCAAUAAAAUGGAUAUGCUUGAUUUA